GCGCCAAGAAUUCGGAUCCAAUUCUCUUCCCCAUUAUCAGUUAUCACCUCCUCAGGCCACUCAUUAAUCCGCCACCUCAUCUCUCUCUCUCUAUGUGUUUCAUUUCCUUUCAUCCAAGCACGUAAUCUGAACCUCUCAAUUCCAUAUUCAAGGCCAAGUUUCUUCUGGACCAAGUCAAGGGAAGAAUCAUGGAUCGGCUAAAGUCUCCAGCACGUCUCAUGAUUGUUUCAGAUCUUGAUUAUACAAUGGUUGAUCAUCAUGAUUCUGAGAACCUUUCUCUGCUCAGAUUUAAUGCCUUAUGGGAAUCCAAUUAUCGUCAUGAUUCUCUGCUAGUUUUCUCAACUGGAAGAUCACCUACACUUUACAAACAGUUGAGGAAAGAGAAACCCAUGUUAACUCCGGAUAUAACCAUAACGUCUGUUGGAACUGAGAUAACAUAUGGAAACUCAUUGGUUCCAGACGAUGGUUGGGUUGAAAUCUUAAAUCAGAAAUGGAACAGGAACCUAGUCAUAGAGGAAUCAAGCAAAUUUCCUGAACUCACUCUUCAGUCGGAAACAGAGCAACGACCACACAAGAUUAGCUUUUAUGUUGAGAAAGCUAAGGCCCAGGCUGUGACAAAGGCCCUAAAAGAGUGUUUUGAAAAGCUUGGGCUCGAUGUUAAAAUAAUCUAUAGUGGAGGAAUGGAUUUAGAUAUAUUACCACAAGGUGCUGGAAAAGGACAAGCUCUUGCGUAUCUACUAAAAAAAUUGAAGUCGGAGGGAAAACUACCCAAUAACACUCUUGUUUGUGGUGACUCUGGAAAUGAUGCUGAACUAUUCAGUAUACCAGAAGUAUAUGGUGUCAUGGUUAGCAAUGCUCAAGAAGAAUUGCUGCAGUGGCAUGCUGAAAAUGCUAAGAAUAACCCUAAGAUUAUUCAUGCAACAGAGAGGUGUGCAUCUGGGAUCAUACAAGCCAUCGGUCAUUUUAGCCUGGGGCCAAACACAUCUCCUAGAGAUGUCACUGACUUUUUGGACUGCAAGCUGGAAAAUGUUAAUUAUGGACAUGAAGUGGUGAAAUUUUACUUGUUCUUUGAGAGAUGGAGGCGUGCAGAAGUUGAGAAUUCUGAACUGUAUCUGGCAAGCUUGAAAGCAGCUUGUGAUCCAUCUGCAAGUUUUGUCCAUCCGUCUGGUGUUGAGCAAUCUCUUUGUGACACCAUAAAUGCAAUGAGAUCAUGCUAUGGAGACAAACAGGGAAAACAACUCCGGGUUUGGGUUGAUCGGGUUGUGCCCGUACAGAUUAGUUCGCAUACAUGGCUUGUGAAGUUCAAUAAAUGGGAGUUAUGCGGCGAGGACCGGCGAUGUUGCAUGACAACUGCCAUACUAAGUUCAAAGGAUGCCACCAGUAUUGCAGAUGGAUUCACUUGGAUGCAUGUGCACCAAACAUGGUUUGAUGAAUCAGAGCCCAAAGAUCAUUCAACCUGGCUCUUCUAGAUAGCAGUUACAGCUUAACUUCAAUUCCGGAAUACUAUUAAGAGCAUUUCUAUCAAAAUAAAUGCAUUUGUAUGGCUGUUUUUGUUCUUACAUUUUGUAUUUUAUGAUUCAGAUAAUGAUCAUCAAACCAUACUCAAUGAUUAAUUGAGUUGAAACUGAUCUAAGAUUCAUGUC